AUGGCCGUUCCACAGGCACAAAACCCCGUCGGUUUGGACGAUCUCCGGGAAAACGGCCCGGUCAUUCUCGCCGACUCCCUCACGAGCAGAAGGCUUCCGGCCCUCAGACUCGUUUCUCGCCUUCUAAAAGACAAGGACAGUGGACUUCUUGAAGACAAGAGCCUUCUUCAAUCUUUGGCCACGCUGGUCCUCAAGAGCUACAACUACUACCAGGACGCGGCGCUGCGGACGGCGGCCACGGAGAUGCUUGAAUUGUUGGCAGACGUCGAUUCUGCGUACGCCAAGGCCUCCCACAAGUUUAUAUCCAAUGUUGCGGGAAAACUGGGCAAUUUGGCCUUGACGGACCUUGUGUCCUUGUUGGCGUGGACGUGCAUGCUUGUUGGCGUGGAGCUGAAAGCUUCAGGAGCCGAAUUGACCGCUUUGGCGUCGACCCAGGCCGUUCUUUUGGGUAGUAUUGCUGGCGUGCAAAGAAAGGGCACACACACGAAAAGAGUGCUUGAUUCGGCGCUUGCGCAGUCGAAGAAUACGUUGAUCAAGGUGCUUUUGCUGAAGGAGCCGGCUUUGGUGGAGGAUCUCGCCCAGAAGGUGAUUCUGGACCCGAUGGACCCUUCUGCUGCUACGCUAUACUUGGCUGUUUUAGCCGAAGCCGUCCACGACCUCCAGCCGACCCAUCCUGCUUACAUAGCACGCUUGAAGGAAUCGCUGGCCAGCGGCAAGGUGGUGGACUUUUUCCUGGAAAAGGUGCUUUUGGCGAAAACGGCUCCUCAGUCGUUUUCCAUCGCCUACUUCACCAAAUGGUACAUUGGAGAGAUCCUCUCAGCGGACGUUUUUGCGCAGAAAAUCCUCCCUAAUCUCGAAAAAGCCAUUCUUCGUUCGUCGGAAAUCGAAGCUACCGACUUGAGUACCGUUUUUGCAUCUUCCAAGCUUUUAGGCCACACACUCAGCGGCGUGAAAUCCACAAAGGAGCACGUCAGAGAUAAAGCCGCCGAGGCGUUGUCGUUGAUUUUCAAAAACGCCUUGCCUAAUGUCUCCGCUGCUGAUUCUGGAAAAAUCGUCGACGAAGUGAUCAAGGCAUUCAAGGGCACCACCAACGCCGAGGCCAAGGUGCUUUUUGCAAAGAGCUUGGGCGAUUUGCGUGUGCCCGAGGAGCAAAACGGGAAGCUUUUCGAUGCGCUUCUUCCGUUGGUUGCAAAAGAGCUGAACGAGAACAUUCUCUCCGCUUUGAACACCGUUUUGCUUGGAAACUACGUCUUUGCCUUGCGCAACAAGCAGAAUCCGUCAGAGAAGGUGCUGGCCCAGAUCAAAACAGGCUUGGCCAGUCCCAAGCUUAAUUUGAGGAAGAUCUGGGCGGUUUCCUUGGGAGACGCUCUUUAUAGAGACCAGGAGGAGAACGAAGCCGUGGUGCAGUUUUUCGAGUCUCUUCUCCCGGAUUUGACCAAAUCGCUCCAGGAGGCUGUUCUGUCGCCGCUUUUGACCGUUUCCAACAAGGGCAUAGCCUGUGCAUACGUCGCUAUAGCGAUCAGUCGUCGAUUCAAGGACCAGAUCCAGCUUGACACAAAGCAACUUUUCACGAAACCGCUUGAAGAUUCCUCCGACAGCUUUUCCAUUCUCGUGAGCCCCAAGGUGCUUGCGAAGCUCAAGGGCGCCGAACAGAAAUGGGCUCUUCGUGCACUUAUAGCGUCUUUUGAGCACACCGAAGAGAAGAACGUGAAGUUUGGCUCUGCGCUUCUUUUCUUUGCCAUUUCGGCCAAUGUGGCUUUUGACGUUCGUAUCGAGGCCUUGGAGAGUCUCCGUGCUUUGAUGAACCAGAGCGGCGAGAAAGCCAGUGACAUUGUCAUUCCUGCUCUUCAGGAAACCUUGAAAUCUGCCGAGGAAAGCUCUCAAGACGUCGCCGAAUUAAACCUCGAUUUGAAGCACCUCGCCCAGGUUCUCAACGUUUUGGUCCAACAGAUCAACCCCGAUUUGUCGAUCAAGAACCUCAUCCAAGUCAUAAUUGCCGCACACCACCCCAGAAUCCCAGUCAAGGAACAGUGGAUCGGAGUCGCCUUGAGAGCUUCUCUUGAUCCUGGCCGUGUGGUGGAAUCCCACGCUGACGAGAUCCUCGACCACCUUCUUAAUACCCUUUCUACUGCUCACAUUGGCGGAGAUAUUUUUAAUGCUGCAAAGAAGGCCUUUGUCACUGUUGGAUUCGUCAACCCUGAGGUGACGGCGCCAAAGAUCGCCGAUAUUCUUGAAACCGAUUUGGAUACGGCUGCUCUAGAUGAGUACGAUGCUACUGCUAUCAAGAUCUGGAAAGCAGAGGAGGGCGAGGUUGUUGUGGAUGUCUUGAACGACGGCAAGCAAAAACCAGCCGACAAAAACAGCAAGGACUACGAAACAAGAAAAUGGGAGGAGAACCUCAAGAAAGAGCUUGCCCAGAAGAAAGGUGCCAAAAAGCUCACCAGAGAAGAACAGCAGCUUGUCAAGGAGCAGUUGGCUAAAGAGCUGGAAAUCCGCAAGGACGUCGAGGCCAGGGUUCGUAUCUACACUAGAGCACUCCACAUUGUUCAAGAGCUCACGAGUGGUUCUGACGUUUUGACGUCUGGCGGUACUCGCUGGUACUUGAACGCUGUCAACGGCAUUUUGAGCGUUGUCAAGCAUCCCUUGGCGGUUGACAUUUUUGGCGAUUUCGCCAUCAAAGUAUUUAUUGACGGGUCCAGGUUGAUCAACAACAGACUCGGCGUUUUGAAGGAAAUGACCGGUGUGGCUGUUUUGAGAGUUCACGACGUCCAGGGCAUUCCUGAAAACUACUUAGAGUUGCCCUUGAUUGAGUUGUUGAGUAAGGUGUUGUUCAGAAUCAAGAUUUUGGCCGACGACUGGUUUGACAAAACCUCCUUCAUUUACGUUUUGCCCAUGCUUACCCAGAUCCUCGUCCAAGGCCGUGAUUUGGCUCUUAAGAAUUCCAAAAAACGUACCGUUACAUCCGAGUUCGAGGAAGAGGACCCUCAGGAGGAACAGCUUCUUUUGACUGUCGAUAUCAUCUCCACCUUGGCGCAGUGUUUCAGCGACGAGACCAUCACAAGAGACACCAUUUUGAACUCCUUGCUUUCGUUGAUGAAGAUCCCCACCAAGGCCAAAUUGGCCAAGGAGUGUUUCUUGACCAUCUGCCAGCACAUUUCGAUCUCGCUUUCGAAAGCUGACAUCGACCUUCUUUUGAGCAGCAUCAUCACCCCGGAUGUUUUUGUCAAGCACGCCAUUUUGCAAGGCAUCGAUUCUGAAUUCGACUUGAGCGACGAUUUGAGUUAUUCUAAUGAGCUUUGGAUCGCUACUCACGAUAAUGACGCUGCUGUGGCUGAAUUGGCUGCCACCAUCUGGGACGAUAACAAGUUUGAGCUUGUGGACGAUGCUGUGAACAGACUUUUGAAGUUCUUUGGUCACGAGGACGCUGGAUUGCGUUUGACGGUCGCCAAGGCCACUGCUUCUGCUGUUGCGUUUUUGAAACCCAAGGUUUCCGAUGUUUUCGAUACCGCCUUGGAGUUGUUGAUCACCUUGUUCUAUGAAACGGAAAAUCCACCUCCACCACCUCUUGACAGGUUCGGUCUUCCAAUCACCAACCAUGCAAGCCAGAAGGAUGCUUGGGAGGACAGAUCGACCGUUGCAUUGGCCUUGAAGGAAUUGGCACCGAUGUUUGAGUCCAAGGAGUCUGUUGAAAAAUUGUUCUUCUUUUUGGUCGACAGAGAAACUUUGGGUGACAAGGAGAGUCUCGUUGGACAGGAGCUUCUUGAAGCCGGUGUGGCUGUUCUUGAACACCACGGACGUACCCACGUUGAGCUGUUGAUUCCGAUUUUCGAGAAGUGUCUUUCCCAGAAGGACGAAGGUUCCAAGAAACAGGACCGUAUCAAAGAAAGCGUCAUUAUUCUUUACGGUACUCUUGGCAGAUACCUCGAUUCGCUGGACGACCGUUUGCGUAUCAUUGUGGAGAGGCUUCUUUCUACUUUGGACACUCCUUCCGAGGACGUCCAGUACGCUGUUUCUGAGUGUAUUGCUCCGCUUGUCAAGUCGAUCGAGCCCAAAUUGCAAGACCACCUUGAUACGCUUUUUGAGAAGCUCUGGAGAGGUCAAAACCUCGCUAUCAGACAAGGUGCAGCGUACGGUAUUGCUGGUUUGGUGAAAGGUGCUGGAAUCCGCUCCUUGUUCAGCAACGACGUCAUGAGAAACAUCAUGUCUGCUGCCGAAGACAAGAAGGGUGAGCGUAUGAGAGAAGGUGUUUCUUUUGCAUUGGACUGUUUGUCGCAGAGCUUGGGUGCCAGAUUCGAGCCAUAUGUUAUUGAAGCUCUUCCUAUUAUUUUGAAAUCUUUGGGUGAUUCUAGUGCUGCUGUUCGUGAAGCUACCGACAUGGCUGCAAGACAGAUCAUGAAGAGUUCCACCAGUUACGGUGUCAAGAAGAUGAUUCCGCUUACCAUUUCCCACAUGGACGACAUUGCAUGGAGAACCAAAAAAGGCUCUGUGGAGUUGCUUGGUUCCAUGGCGUACCUUGAUCCCACCCAAUUGUCUGCAUCGUUAUCGACAAUUGUGCCUGAAAUUGUGGCUGUUUUGAACGAUUCCCACAAGGAGGUCAGAAAAGCCGCCGAGCAGGCGUUGAAGCGUUUCGGAGAGGUGAUCAGAAACCCCGAGAUCCAGGCCAUUGUGCCCGAUUUGAUCAACGCCAUUGGCGAUCCUACCAAGUACACCGACCUGGCUCUCGACAAGUUGAUCAAGACCCAAUUUGUGCAUUACAUUGAUGGACCUUCUCUUGCACUCAUUAUUCAUGUUAUUCACCGAGGCAUGAAGGACCGUUCUGCGUCCACCAAGAAGAAGUCGUGCCAGAUUGUCGGAAACAUGGCGAUUUUGGUCGACAGCAAGGACCUUCUUCCAUACUUGAACAGCCUUGUGGCCGAGUUGGAGAUCGCCAUGGUCGACCCGGUUCCUGCUACCAGAUCCACCGGUGCCAGAGCCUUGGGUUCUUUGGUGGAGAAGCUAGGAGAGGAGCAGUUCCCAGAUUUGAUUCCUCGUCUUGUGGAGACCUUGAAGGACCAGACCAAGACAGGCGACCGUUUGGGAUCUGCCCAGGCGCUUGCGGAGGUGAUUUGUGGUCUUGGACUAGCCAAGUUGGACGAAAUGCUUCCGGACAUUUUGAAACAGGCCUCCUCGCCAUACUCCCACGUUCGUGCUGGUUUCUUGCCGUUAUUGUUGUUCUUGCCAGUGUGUUUCGGCUCCCAGUUUGCGCCGUACUUGAGCAGCAUCAUCCCACCAAUUUUGGCAGGUUUGGCAGACACCGACGAGGAAAUCAGAGACACCGCUUUGAAGGCCGGCCGUUUGAUUGUCAAGAACUACGCCAACAAGGCCAUCGACUUGUUGCUUCCCGAGUUGGAGCUUGGUCUUGCGGACUCCUCCUACAGAAUCCGUCUUUCUUCGCUCGAGCUUACCGCAGACUUGUUGUUCCAGGUUACCGGUAUUUCCGGUAAAAACGAGCUCACCGAGGAGCAGAGCUCUGUCAACCGUAACCUCGUGGAGGUGCUUGGCCAGGAGCGUCGUGACCGUAUUUUGGCUGCUCUUUUCGUGUGUCGUUCCGAUGUUACAGGUGUGGUUCGUGCUGCUGCCAUCGAUACCUGGAAGGCCUUGGUCGCCAACACGCCUCGUACGGUGAAGGAGAUCAUUCCAAGCUUGACGCAGAUUAUCGUCAGAAGAUGUGCUUCCAGCGACGAAACCCACAGAGUUAUCGCUGCCACUACGCUUGGAGAGGUUGUUCGCAGAGUGGGUGCAAACGCCUUGAACCAGUUGUUGCCCAGCUUGGAGGAAUCGCUUGUUUCUGGCGAUACCGACGCCAAACAGGGCAUUUGCAUUGCUCUUACGGAAUUGAUCAAUUCUGCUUCCGAGGACGCUUUGCAGAACCACCAGGACGUUUUCAUCAGAAUCGUGCGUGCGUCCUUGGUGGAUCUGUCUCCAGAGGUCAGAAAAGCCGCUGCUCUGGCUUUCGAGGCUCUCCAGAACCACUUGGGCAAGGUGGUGAUCGACGAGGUUUUGCCCAACUUGUUGCACCUUUUGGAAUCCAAGGAGGACUCCGAAAACGCUCUUUUGGCUUUGCAGGAUAUCAUGGAGACCAAGGCGGACAUUAUUUUCCCGAUUUUGAUCCCCACCUUGUUGAGCCCUCCUAUCGACGUUUCCAAGGUCAAGGCGCUUUCGUCGCUUGCCUCUGUUGCUGGCCAUGCCUUGUACUCUCGUUUGGGCUCGAUCGUCAACACCUUGUUGCAGGCUGUGAUCGACGCCAAAAAGAACGGAACUCCAGAGGAGCAGGAACAGGUCAAGGACUCUUUCGACAAGAUUUUGCUUUCCAUCGAGGACGACGAAGGUGUCCAUCCAAUCAUGCAACAGUUGAUGUCGUUGGUGAAGCACCAGGAUGCCGACAAGAGAGCGGCCAUUUGCGAGCGUCUCGGCCCAUUCUUCUCCAACACCAACCUCGACUACUCCAUCUACGUGCCUGACAUGGUCACCCAGUUCAUUCUUUCUUUGGGCGAUAAGGAGCCUGAGGUUGUGGCUGGCACUUUCGAAGCUUUGAGCGCUUUGGUCAAGGCCCAGGACAAGUCGAUGCUUGAAAAAUUGGUCAAACCGGCCCACCAGUCCUUGUCGAUUGCCGGCGUCAGAGGCGAAGAAUUGGCUGGUUUGGCCUUGCCUAGAGGCCCCAGCUGUGUGUUGCCGAUUUUCUCCCACGGCUUGAUGUACGGAAAUUCCGAACAGAGAGAAAUGUCUGCCUUGUCGAUAGCCGAGAUCAUUCUGAGAACGCCUGCUGCCAACUUGAAGCCUUUUGCAACAACCAUCACCGGUCCGUUGAUCCGUGUUAUUGGAGAAAGGGUUUCUUCCGAUAUCAAGCUGGCGAUUUUGACCGCCUUGACGAACUUGUUGGAGAAGAUUCCGCAGUUCUUGAGACCGUUUAUUCCCCAGCUCCAGAGAACGUUUGUCAGAUCCUUGAGCGACGUUUCCAACGACAAAUUGAGACUUGGAGCCGUCAACGCUUUGGGCGUUUUGAUCGGUUUCCAGCCCCGUGUGGACCCCUUGGUCACCGAAUUGGUCCAGGGCACCAAGAACGCCGAGGACCAGGGUAUCAAGACCGCCAUGUUGAAGGCCUUGUUCCAGGUUGUGGUUAAAGGCGGUAAGAACAUGAGUGAAGCUUCGAAAUCGUCCGUGAUGGCGUUGGUCGAAGAGGAAAUCAACACCGUCAGCGACAAGUCUGCAGUGGCCUAUGCCCGUCUUCUUGGUUCGCUUUCUCAGAUCUUGUCUACAGAAGAAGCCUCCAACAUCUUACUGUCGAAGAUCUUGAACAAGCGCCACGACAGCGAGGAAAUGAAGUUUGCCAUUUUGUCCAUCAACUCGUUUUUGAGAGACUCGCCCAAGCACAUUUUCGAAACCGGCAUGGUCGAGGAGAUUGUGCACUUUAUUGGUGAGUGCUCCGACAACACUGUUCCAUACAUCAGCGACAAUGCUGUGAUUGCCAUGGGCAAGCUUUUGUUGCUUCACGGCGAGGUGGCUUCUCCUAAACAGGCUGGCGAUGAAAAAGCGUCUUCUCCAUUUGAACUUCCCGAGGCUUCUAUCAAAAAGUUGGUUUUCCAGUUGUGCAAGUGUGCGCUCAAACCAGAGCUGAACUCGCCAGACUCCAGAAGAUUGUCAUUGGUUGUUUUGCGUACUGUGGCCCGUUUCAAGCUCCAGGCGCUUAUUCUUCCUCACCUUAGUGAAAUCGGUCCUGCCGUUUUUGCUUGUUUGAGAGAUGGCAUUAUUCCUAUCAGACUUGCUGCUGAAAAGGCGUACUUGGCUGUUUUCAACUUGAUCGAAGACGCCGAAAUGAAGGAGUUCAACGACUGGUUUGCCGAGGCUUCCAAGGGCCCUAUCACCACGGUUAUUGGUACUACUAUCCAGCCUAGAUCUAUUGGAGACUACACCAAGAGAGUUGCUUCUAGAUUGGCCACUGUGGAAAGAGAAAGAUUACAGGAUGGUGGAGACGACGAGGCCUUGUUCAGUGAUCGCUUCGAGGAUGAAAACGAGGUUUGGGCCGUUGGAGGAAAUUAG